AUGGACAGCGAGCACGAGGUUCGAGCCACAGCUGCCAGCGCGUCGCGGAAGGACGAUCCAUUGGAGCAGAUAGAAGUCGAGAGAGGCCCCAAGUGUGCGGAAGACUACGAGGUGAAGCACAAGCUGAGCGAGGGCCGAUUUGGUCUGGUUCAUCAGGACGUGCGAAAGCGGAUGAAGAAGAGGUCCGCAGUCAUUUCAGCUGCAAAGUCUGGCAAGCAGAGCGAGGCACGCGAUCCGUUCUUCGACUUCUCAGAGCUGGAGGCGGCAAUCGAGGAGCAGCGAUUGCUGAAAGCCAGCCGCACGGACGAGUUCUUCGCAUAG